AUGGAUCCUGGCCCACAGUCCCCAGCUUUCAUCCGCCAAUACGACCCUGCAAAAGACUACCAAGCAGUAAUUCAUGUCUUCCGCGAGACAUGUGAUGAGACCCUGAAGGUCGAGCCCAUCUGGACGGUAGGCUCGUACAUCUGGUGUUGGCCUUAUCUGCUUCUCAACCCCGAGUCUUGCUUCGUUGUUGACGGCGGGAACGGUACUCCUGCAGGUUAUGUUAUCGGCGUGCCGAACACAGGCGCAUUCUGCCAGCGAUGGCGAGACAACUACGUCCCUCGAGUCCAAGCUGAACUUGACAGUCUAGCCUCUGUUCAGCAGCACGGAAAUGGAGAAAAGACAAAGUCAAUCAUUAACCGACGCGACGAUAUGCUCAACCUCAUCCGCAAUGAUCCGCACAAGCUGGUUCUAGGCGACAUCCCAAAUGAAUCGCAGGAACUCGGCCACCUUCACAUCGACAUUCUACCCUCUCAUCAAAGGCGGGGGUUUGGGAAGCAGCUCAUCACGACGUUCUGCUCUGCUGUCGGCAAACAAGGCUGCAAGGCUGUCUAUCUGGGCAUGAGUGCUACGAACCAUGGGGCCGCGAAAUUCUACGAGGCCUAUGGUUUCAAGCGAUUGCCGAAUGUGCUCGAUGAUGGAAGCAGCGGUGAGUUGGGGAGGACGGGCAAGAAGGACGAUGCCGGACAGGCGCUGUACUAUGUUAUCGAUCUCUGA